AAUUUCUUUUCAUUCGGUCUGCCAUUUGCUAGAUUUCAAUUUAAAUAGAUGUUUCUUUCAUUAUUUUUUUGUUAGUUUUAAAAUUUUCCAACUUAGCCACGUAAUUUAGUUGUGAAUUUUAAAAAGUUCAAAUUAAUGUAGAAUAAAGCGAUAUAAUAAUAGAAUAUAUGUUUCAAUAAUAAUAACCUAUUCUUUAUCAGCCUUGACGUAAACUUUAUAGAUGUGUAAGUAUUGUUAGUGCAUAAAUAACUGACAAUUGUUUUGAACAAAUGGUGAUAAAUAUUUGGCGGAAAAAGUAGACUGAACAAUGGAUAAAGUUGCAGUUGAUCCAAAACUGUUUGUUACCUGUCGUUUAUGUUUGGAGGAUAUGGGGCUUUAUCAGAUAGUCCCAGUAGUACAAAAACAAAUAAAAUUUUGCUUUGACAUUGAGGUAGCACCCUUUGACGGAUUACCACAAUUGAUAUGUAAGAAAUGUGAAGCUGUUUUGAGUACUUUCUACAAAGUAAAGAAUUCCUUUCUAGAAAAACAAAAUUCUUUAAAAGUUAAAGUACUCUUGAGAAAUGAAAAGGAUGCAUCUGUACAAGAAACGUCGUCGCAAGAGACGCCAUUACAAGGUAGUAACACUAUUUCUUCGAAAAGUCAAGAGGAGAAGAUUUCACAAAGUCCAGGCAUUAAUUUAAAACCCGUAAAAGAAGUAGAAAAUACAGCACUCUCUAAGCCACAGAAACGAAAGAGAAGUUACACAGUAUCUUCUGCCAGUAAUUCCGUAAAUGGCGUAGAUUCAGAUGACUCUAAUUCAAAGAUCUGUAAGCCACAAAAAGAGUUGAAUAAUAUUGAUUCGACCUUUUUGAACAAACAUUAUAAGAAAAGAUUUGUGUGCAAAUUUUGUUCUUCAUCUUAUUCCAAGAAAUUAUUUGUUUUAAAACAUUCAUUAACAUGUCACUCUAAAGUAAAAAAAAAGUAUCCAGAGAUGUUCAAAUAUUUUUGUGUAGUAACAUUAAAUAAGAUUAAUGAUCAUCGUAAUGGAGCAAAUACAAAUAAAAUACAAUAUAGCCGCAGUAAAUUUAUACAACAAGAAAAUGACAUCAAUUAUUACGUCAUAUAUACUGCUAAUAAUUUUUCUAAUUGUAUUAACAGCUCGGAUUCUGAAUCAGAUAAUGAAGUUUAUGUAAAGCGUAAAAAUAGAAGACCACUUAGAUUACUCUCAAGAAGCGAAUCAAAUGAAACUGUAGUCAUACCCAAUAAAUCUGCUGAUAACAGUUCGUCAUCCGAUUUUGAGGACGAAAAAAAUAAGAUUUCUAAUUCAAAGAAUUGUACAGAAGCAUGUAUCAAUAUAGAUUCUGAAACUUCAGAAAGUAAAUCAGAAUGCAGUAAUGUUGUUUCUAAUAUUAUUAAUAGGAAACAAAGUGAUGAUUAUAAAGUAAUACAGAAUAUUAUAGAAAUAUGUUAUAAUAAAUAUACACAAAGAGUUACGCAAAAUAGUAAAAAAUCUGAAUUAAAAUCCCAACUACAACAUAAAAUUUUAAGUAUAGGACGUAAAAUAAUAAAUAAACAAGGAUUAAAUUGUACUGGAAUAUUAAGAUUUCUGGAGCAUCAAAAUCUAGAUAUAUCUUGGCUACCAAAAGGAUCAGCCACGACUUAUGCUAGAAUUUUAACAAAAAUGAAAGAAAUUCAGAAGGAUAAUGAUGUUGAUUUUGGUUGGGUGAAUGAAGCUAAUGAAAUGACAGUUGAAUCUUCAAAACUUCAAACUACGCCACCUCCACUUAUCCCAAUAACCACGACAAAGAGUUCGGUACAACAAUCUGAAGAUCAAGUUUGUUUAACAACACAAGUAGGAAAUCAAGCCAUUUUGUAUACAACAAAUUCUGAUAUUGAAGGCAAUUCAACCAGUAAGUUACUCAACGCUAGUCCUGUUGCUAAUCCAAAACAAUUACCGAAGAAAAUAACAGCUGUUGAUAAUAAAGCAAAUGUGAAUGUAAUAGAGAACGUACGAAAUGAGAAUAAAGAUGAUAAUAUUUAUAUAGAAUUAGACGAUGAAAUACCUGAGGAUAAUUUGUGCAUGCCUGUGAUUACGUCUACAACAUCACUAGCUUUCAAAGAAGAUAAUAAAUUGGACAAAUCUGCUUUAAAUAAUUCAGAAUCUAAUAUAUCAUCAAAUAAUAAUUAUAAACAAACGUCGGCACCUAGAAUAAAGGUAAAGCCAGUAUCAGAAUUGAUGCCUACCAAUGUAACACAUAAUACUCAACAAAACAUAGUGGGAAAUAUAUCUUGGCACUUGAACGAGAAUUUUCAAAAUUGUACCAAUCAAAACGUUGGGAAUGUUAAACCUUAUGAGAACAUUGAUAAUGUUUAUCUUUUAAAUGUAGUAAAUGCACAGACUGUGAAUAUAGCUCAGCCUGUUUCUAUGUUACAAAUGCCAAAUACAAAUAUAUCGCCGACAGAAAAUGCUUUUGAUGACAGGUUCAAAAAUAUUAAUGACUAUAUUAUUUUGGAUACAGUCGAAAUGCCUAAUACAAAAACAGAUUCUCCUUUUAUAUAUUUUAAAAAUUUACUUCAAAUGCAUAAUAUUUUGCUAUUAGAUUCAAGAGAUGAAAUAAAUCAACAUUUUAGUUGUUUAAUAAAAUUUAAAGUAGUUUUUAAACAAGAAAAUGUAAAACCAGUUGUUUUAUGCUUGUCGUUGCAUUGUUUAGAAAAUAUUUUUUAUAUUGACAUAAAAGAUGGUGGCCGAAUGCACAUUGAUAUGGUUAGAAUAUCUGCUAAUUGGCAAUGGGAGAUAAUUAAAAUAUAUCAAGGAGAUGUUGUUAAGAAAAUUUUAUUGAACUCUCAAAAAAUUAGUGCUGAAAUGCACGAAACAACUAAGAGAUUUUUGUGUCUCUUAAAGUCUAUUAAUUUAAAAAAAGAUUUAUCAUGAAGAGUAUUUAUUGUUUGUAUAAUGCUGUUAAGAUAUUCUUCUUAACACUUUUUAUUUCGUUGUAAAAUAUUUCAGAUCAUUCGCUGGAUAACUGCAUUUCAAUACAAUCCGUGAUUCGAUGGUUUUUAAAUACCUUAUUUUAUGGAAAUAUUCUGAGAAGUAUUUAUAAAGCAGAUCGGCUUUUCUUUUAAUCGUUAACUGAUUAAUGCUGAAACCAGUAGUAACUUUGGCAUGAAAAGAUGCCAAUAUUUAAGAUUAUUACAAAGUUAU